AUGUAAAUUAUUAAUCUAAAUACACAUAUAUAAUAAACUAAAAUAGAGAACAAAACAAAAACAAAAAAACAUGGCAAAUCAAGGUUUGAGAAAAGUGCAACAGAAUCCACCAAAACCCUAUAAAGAAAAAAAGAAAGCUCGCCCUAAUUAAACAUGCAUCCCCUACCAAACAAACUAACAAAAUAGUAAUAACAUCUCCUUCUUUCUUUCCCUUCCAAUCCCCAUACUACUUCUUCUCUUCAUUGCUUUCAUAUCCAUCCCGUUUUCAUCCAAUCAUAAAACUAAUUAACCACGACUCACUCUCGACAUAUACGUCUGAAGUAGAUCAUACAUACACAAUUAAAUCUAGCUAUAUAUAUUUAUGAAAAGUGUAGAUAGCUGUUGCUAUUUUUCUUACUUGAAGGUCUUGCUUGGUGCUGUGGUUGUGGGGCUGUUUGUAUGGCUUUUGGUUGUUGGGUCAUCCCCGCCACCACCAGGGAGAACGAAAAGCUGGCAGGCGGCGGCUGAGUCUGUUCAUCAGGUCGAGGGAAGGCAUGCCAUGAAGGAAGCUGAGGAUCAAUUGGCCAUUAACAACCAUCCAAAGCUGUUGGAUCCUAACUUUAUGAGCAAAGUUAGAGUUCCUAAAGGACCAGACCCCAUCCAUAACAGGAGAAUUGGGGUGAAAGGAGGGCCUCCAAGAGGAGCUUAGGCUUUUUUGUACUCACGAAGGCAUAGAUUCCUUCCUCCACUUUUAAAUAUUAAGGAUUAUUAUGAACAUUUCUUUUCUUCUUCUUUUUUGGGUAAUUUCAAUAAGAAAAAAGAAUGUAUAAAAGCUCUUAAUAAAUCUGGAUUGUAUAGAAUUGAUUCACACUCAACUUUGUAGCUUUUUACAUCCAACACCUAUUCUUCCUAA